GUGUUGCUGCUGGUGCCCAUGGUGUCUGGUGCGCCGUUUAGGAAACUCAUGUGUAUUGAUGGAGGAAGACAUGCGUGCGUGUGCUCGCAGAUUUGGUGUCCACAAAGGAAAAGCCGGAAAAAUUAAAGCUGCUCGUGGGAGAUACAGGAAAAAGAGAGACGGUUCUCAGUUACAGACAUGACAUUCACACCAGAGGUGUUUUCUUUUCCCCUAUUCUCGGUAUCCUUAUUUACCUGUUCAGACUCUCCAUAGUCAUCUAGCCCCAAUCUUGGGGAUAAAUACCACAUGAAAUGUUACAGGAUCAGUCAACUCUAGAUCAAAACGGCCGAACUGCGAGCUACGCCUAAAUAUACCAUCGCCUCUUGAACUUUACGCCAAGCCUGGAAUUAAACAUCUUUGACAAGUCACAGCAUACCCUCGAAACGCCUCCCGGACUUUCGGAUCCUUCUGCCUCAGGGAGAUUUUGACCUUGAAGGCUAUUAUUAAGUCAAUUGGAUGAGAACAGCUCAAAAUUAGCAUAAUCCUUGCUUGAUAAUUCAGGGCAGCUUGACAGCAAAUAUGGACCACGAGCAAUCUGAGGCCUUGGACAAUGGGGGUUCCACUCGAACUUUGCUUCAAGGCACAUUCUUCCGGCUGCACAACCAGUGCCAUCAAGCUAACACUCGCGACUCACUGAGCAACAAUGACAAGGCGGCAACAAGAUACGUAAAGACCAAGCAAGCUCUGCCAAUCAAAUGACUAUGUCCAACCUAUCUAUCUAAGAGACGUGCUAAAACCUUGGAAUUAUCCAGAUGAGAGGGUUGGGGAGCAGGUUGUUAUGUUGGUCUUAUUGCUGGGUGUUGAAAGAGAGGCUGCGCUCCUGAUCUACUGAAGUCUUAGCAGUUAGUUGGCUUCUCACUUGCACACCUUUUUCUUGCAAGCUUUCCUUUUUCUCUUUCCGCCCCCGUUGACUGCUCAGUCAGUGGUCGCUAGCCCUAUCGUUAUGUAAACUUGUUUAGCUAUCUCUAUCAAUUGAUGAUUUUCUCCACUCCUUGUGUCCCUUAGGGCAUCUACAGCAUGAGGCCUUCUUAUUCCAUCCUGAGGACAAUUGUUAUUGUAGUCCUGAGUACUGCUCUAUUGGGCCUAUCCCCUCUGUGAAGCUCCAGUCAAUGGUUGGAAAAAGUAGGGAAAGCGCGAAAGGAACAAGGGAAGUGGGGGGCACCACUAAGGGACUGCAUCAUUCCACCGAGUAUGAUUGAUUGAGAUACAAUUAUUUCGUUGGAUGGGGUAGGUGGUGGUUUCGGCCAUGUUCCCAUCUGGCUAGGAUCUGUUGCCCUUGAGGGGUUUUGUCUGAAUUUUCUUCGGUCUGUUUAAUGCUGCUAUCGUCUGUGUUCUUGCUCCAGACAACCACAUCGCAUAUGCGACCUCAUGUCCGACUGCCGACUUCGCGGUAACUGAAAUAAAGGCAGUCAGUCACUAGAACUCCUUGAGGCGAUGAUCGAUGAUCGACCUUACAUCUGAGCGUCAAAUCCCUCCAUAGAGAAUGGCGUUCAUUGAUUUCCCCCUCCACCAUUCCUAACCCUUCCCCAUUUCAAUACGUGGAGCGCAAUUCCCUCGCCGUUACACCGUUCCAACGGGGGCUAGUAGUUACUUCAUCAUUACAAUGUUCCAAGAGACUGGCCUGCCAUCUGCGGUGUGAUCUACAUCUGGAGUUGUCGAUGCUGGGAUGUGGUAGGGCUGCGGCGGAAGUGGGUUCUAGGGUUGUUUGAGCUUGUAAAGGUUGCUGGAUAUGAACUCAGCUUUUGAAUAUGGACCUUUUCAAUGCUCGACGAGGUGAUGGGUAACUAAUGCAACAGCACCAAGUCUUUGACUGCCCUGAUGGUUCCAUUGAAGUGACUGGAGAAGAGGAGAUGCUCAAGGGGUUUGGGGUUUCCUGUGGGGAGGGCAGCAGCAAUACGCCGCAUUCGCUCGCCCACUGGUCCGAGAUGGACCAAUUUCGGGUUAUAAUACUGGACAAGUGGCAACUUCUCUCAAGAACAACAUCAUCAAGUACUGUGUACGAUCUGUAGGGCUUCGAAGAAUUGCGGCCCAAUCACCAUGCAGCUGCAGCUUAGCGCUUCAUAACGAAACUGUGGCGUGGAUGACUUGCAUGAACGGCUGUGUCAAUUGGUUGACAAACACCCGAGAAAAAAAUAAGAGUGUGGAUAGGGGGAGGUCCCAGUUUUUCCAAAGUUGCCUCAGAAAGCUUGAUAAUAGUUAAUAUAGUUAUAUAUUAUUAUCGAAGUAAUAACAAUGUGGCAGGCAGGCAGCCCUUUUUG